AAGUAGCAGCAGAAGAAGAAGCAGAGCUACAGCCGUCUCGUUAAAUACAUGGACUGUAUACAGUCUAUGGUUAAUCAGUGACUCGUCCACUCGGUUGUUUUCAAAACAUAUUUACUGUAGUGCGGCUAACAUACUGUAAUUUAAAAUGGCUAGUCGGCUAGCCUGGUCAGAAACAAUACUCCAACUCCUCCGGCGAAUGAACAACUUUUAUUCAGCAGAGUCCUGUCGAGCUAGCUGCUAUAGGUUCGUAAUAGACGGAGCACAGGUUGGUUGGAUUCUUCCUCACGUAGCUUCUCUGUUGACCCGGUAUCCAGAGGUGUUCGACCCGCCACACGGUGGCGUAGUGUCCCUUUGUCCCAAUCUGGACUCGUACCAGAGCAGGUCUGAGGCUGUAGAUGCUGUUCUGAAGGUUCUCAGACAGGAGGCUGCUCUGACCUGUCUGACAGGAUGGAGGGAUGAGAAGUACAGCGUGAUGCCAAAAUUCUCAGACAGUCCUUUGAUGUGGAUGGAAAGAGCCGCUACAAGUCUCUUUGGGGUGAAGCGGUAUGGAGUUCAUAUCAAUGGUUAUGUCGUCAGUGACGGUGGGGAGGUCAGUAUGUGGUUAGGACGACGUUCCCACACUAAACAGACGUAUCCCGGACUACUGGACAACGUGGCGGCAGGUGGUCUGGCUGCUCAUGUUGGCAUCAAACAAACUCUAGUGAAAGAAUGUCUGGAGGAAGCAUGUAUCCCAGCAGCCAUUGCGGAGAAGGCUCAUCCUGUAGGAACAGUCAGUUACACCUACAGUAAUGAAGAGGGUGUAUUUGCAGAAAGCCAGUUUGUCUUUGAUUUGGAACUUCCUUUGGAAUUCAAGCCCAGAAUUGGGGAUGGAGAGGUACAAGAAUUCUACCUCCUGUCCAUAGAUAAGGUGAAGGAACUGUUGGCAAAUGAUGACUUCAAACCAAAUUCUGCCAUGGUGGUCUUGGACUUCCUUAUCAGACACUCAUUCAUUGAGCCUGACACAGAGCCAUGCUAUCAGGAAUUUGUGACAGGACUCCAUCAAUCUCUGUAGACGAAAGGAUGAAACCCACUGUAAGAGACAAGGCACCACAUGCUGAGUGUUUCAUUGUUGUUUCCAUUUCUCCUGUCAAAUCACCUCGCAGAAGCCCACUAUAACUUAUGUGCACAAUAGACUGAACUUGGUAACUGGAGUGAAACAGAACAAGCUGAGGGGAGUAGUCCAGAUGUCUGUGAACAGGGUAUUUCUAUCAUCUGCUAAAUACUGUGGAAGCUGGUUGUGUGAAGAUAGAUGUCAGAUUGUCUAAUCUUCUUGACAUCUUACAAAGCUUUUUGUAGUUUUGGUAGAUUAGAUUAUAUCGAAUGUUUACAUACAGGUGUCCCUUAAUUACCUCUACCCUGCAUCUGCAUUGAAAAUUAUUCUAUAAACACUGGGUUCUUGAGCAGACUUAGCAUUUUGAAAUUUGAAUAAGCUUACUGAUGAUUUUAGGUGUGAUGUUGGUAGAUACAUAUAAACAAUGCACAGUCCUAGUCAAAAAUCUGUACGUACCCAUUUAUUCCAUCACUUAUCUUUACUUUGACUACAGUAUAGAUAAAAACUAAGGACAGCAAAUGUCUGCAAUAACACACAUGGAAUUAUGCAGUAAACAAAGAUGUGCUAAAUAUGUUUAUAUUUUAGAUCACUCCAAGUAGCCUUAAUGACCUUUUGCACACUGCUGGAAUAUGUUAACCAGCUUAAUGAAGAUGGCAUCUGGAUUGGAUUUCAGUAAACGUGAGCCUUGUCAAGUCAA